AUGUUGCUACCACACGCCGUUUCGGCGCUGCGAGCGUCCAGACGUACUCUCCUGCCCCUCCCACCAAUAGCCCGACUUCGGACGCCGACUCGAUGCAUCGCCUCGUCCAGUCACAGUGCAGCGCAAGUACAAGAAGUCGUUCCACAGGACUCGAAAGCCUCCGAUCAGCCCUCGUCAUCCUCGGCAGAGCCACAGAAGCUCGGCAAGCGAGCACGCAAGGCCCUCAAGGCGCGGCAGAGGCAGGACGAUGAACGCAUAGCCAAAGAAGCCAAAGCCAAGGCAAAAGCCGAAGUCCGCAACGCGGAUACAGGCUCUCAACAUGCCGCCAGCCGAGACGACGGAGGAGAUUCCGAAGCAUCGCCAAUCAUUCGAGUGAGGCAUGUCGUAGCCGUGGUAGACGGCUCAUCCUCAAGCUCAACAGCGCAAAGCAGAGAAGUUGACGCUUGGAGGUCGAAAGCCAAAGCUCAAGGCGAGACAGAUCCGACAAUUGGGUGGAGUGGGUCUCUAUUCCGAAGUCAUGUCUCGUCUCUACUCUCUGGAUUCGGUACCUCGCCAACUACCGAGCAGCUGCAAGAAAGCGAUUUGCCAGGCGCCGCUCCUAUCACCGACACCGCCUCAUCCACAGACGCUACCCAAAGCAGCACCGACACAAGCGGUCCAUCAGAUAGAAGAGGCAACCCAAGAUACAUGAACAAGUCGGAGCGAAUGGAGUCGCAAGCACGCGUCAUCUUCCAGGCUAUCCAGGAAGCACGUGAACGAGGCAUCGUCGACGAGGACGAAUCGUUCUUCUACCCCUAUCCCGAGGGUGUACCACCGAAAGAUGUCGAAGGCAGAGACGCUGUGUGGCUCAACCUUGGUCCAGAUCCGGAAGCAUGGGGACGAGAGAUCCCGCAGGUCAAGGACAGUUGGCUCGAAGUGCUCUCGCUCGGUCUGACCAAGGAGAUCACGGGCAGAGCGUACAAGCCGCCUUUCAGGUCACUUGAGGUCGACGAAGCCGACGAGACAGAGCUCGAACGAACAAAGGAAGAGCGGAUUGCAUUUGACGACUUGGUGGAUGAUUACGAUCUCGAAGACCACGAACGACUGGAACAGCUGGGAGACUCGAUCGUCAACAUGUCCUCCCGUCUGUUGGCAUAUCAGUCGUUCCCAGACGUCAACGAGGGGUCGCUGACGAGGCUUUCGAAUUAUCCGACGCAGAAUAACUUCCUGGCGUUGCUGUUCCAGGAGUGUGGACUGGCCGCAAGGCGGGACGAACUCCGAGAUGAACUCCGCAAGGCAGCCGCAACGGACCUCGAAGAAGGCCAAGACCAAGAGGACAAGCCACGAUCGAAGCGGCAGAUCAGGAAAGAGCAAGAGGCUACGCAGAAAGAAGAAGACAAAGCCCGGCUGCCUCUGCUCAUCAAACGCGAUGCAGACAUGUUCGAAGCCUAUGCUGCCGCUGUCUUCCUCAGCAACGGUAACGACUUUAACGUGGUGCACAACUGGCUCUGUCACCUGUUCAGGCCGUUCCAAGAUCAAGCCUACCGGUUCAUGGUGCAACGUAGUGAAGCGCUUGCCCGACUUCAGGCGAAACGUGCAGCGGCAGCAGCAGCAGCUGCCGCCGAAGCGACGGCCGCCGAGACAGCUUCCGCCAGCAAAGCCUUUUCACUGCCCUCUUUCCUCAGCAAGCCCAACGACGCUGGCUCACCAACCAAUCUCGCAGCCGAAGGCUUCGGCAUCAGGUCCGCCUCUGUCGACCCGUCGUCCGUGCCCUUCGCGGCGCUCUUCCCUGAAUUUGCGCGUGGCGACAAGCCCUCAGCAAUCCCGACCUAUGCGCUGAAUAACACCUCGGAAGCAUUCAUCACGGACGAGUUCCUCACCGUCGCCGCCCGCGCUCGGCGUCAACGCGAAGAGCGCCUCCGCGAAGAACUGCGCCUGCAAGAUCAGCAGGAGCUGAUGAACAUGGGCUGGUUCCGCAAGGGCUUCCUCAACCUCAGAACGGGCUUCAGGCAGUACGUGCUGGGAGCGGAUGUGCAGCGUGAAGAGGAGCUGAGGUUACGACAGAAGGUCAACGAGCAGAGAGGGAUGAGCGAGAAGGAUCGGCAGAGGUUGCGGGCCCAGGAGAGGUAUGCGGCCGGCGUGUCGAUUCGGAGCACGGGGAGUAAGAAGAAGCAGCGGCUUGGGGAUGUUGAGUAA